CUGCGUCACACCGAACGACCGAACGAUCGACUUGACAGAUGAUGUGGCCUAACGUCUAGCGAUUUUUUAUGAAAUAUUAAAUAGAAAUAUUAGAAUGCGAAAAUGAUUGUGUUAAAACUUAUUUUAUUUACGUUGUUUAUAUCAGUGUCAAAAUGCAGGACCCCUGAUAAAGUGUAUUGUGCUAACAAAGAUUGUAAUGGACCGAUAUCUAAAGUAAAAACACUACUGAGUUAUAAUAGUGGUGAUCCAGACUUAAUAUCUUUUCGCGGAAAUAGCGAAGCCAUCGUUUAUAUGAAAUCAGCUGGUACCAAUCCAGACCUUUGGUUUGUGGACAUAGGCGGAACGACUGGAUUUGUUAAUAAAAAGUUUUUAAGAGAAACUAAAGUAUUAGAACGGAAUCUUCAAGUUGUUCCUUAUGAGGUUGAGAAGCAGGAAAGUGUGAAACCUGACAAAGUACAACAACCUCAUGAAGUGAUUGAAGGUACAACAAUAUACACUACAGAGUCAGCUGUCAAUGUUGCUCAGCAAGAUACUUCUACAGAGUUACCGGCCACCCCAACUAAUGAAGAACUCACUCCUUCACUGAACAGUGCAGAAGAAAACACAAAUGAAGAUGAGGAUGGUGAGGAUGAUGAAGACAUUGAGGAGGAGGGAAAUGUAUCAGAUACAAAUAAGAAUAAUGAUGACUCUAACACAGAUUCACCUAAUAUGGCCCCUUCAACUGAAGACACCACUGCAACUUCUAGUACAAAUCAGAAUGUAGAACUGCCUUCUGGAAAUACACCUGAGUCACCAGCAUCCACAGCUGACAAUAAUUCUGAGCAAAAUGAGCCAGUGAAAGAACAAGAUAGUUCAGAGCAUCCUAACGAUGUUCCACCAGAGGCACCACCUUUACAGCAAUUGCUGGCUACCAACAGUAACGGUAUGUUGAACAGUGAUUCAGUUAUAGAAGUACCUGAGAAACAAGAUUUCCUACAAAAUAGUUUAAUGGAAUCAGAACAGAAUGAUGGUAAAGAACAAAAUACAUCUUCAGUAAAUAACAAUGCUGAAAAUACAUCCCAAGAAACUUUGACUGAAACCAAUGUGCCUAAUGGUAAUUCCUUAAAUGAUGUUGUAGAAAAUCUGAAUGGAGAUAUUGUAAAUAAUCCUGAGAAUGAAGCUUCUGUAAACCCUAUUAGUAAACCUGAAGUUCCACCUGUAAAUGAAUCUGUAUUACCACCUGUAAAUGAACCUAUAGUCCCACCUGUAAAUGAGCCUCUAGCACCUGUAAAUCAGCCUGUAGCACCUGAAAAUGAGCCUGUAGCACCUGAAAAUGAGCCUAUAGCACCUUUAGAAAAUGAACCAGUGAUUCCACCUGUAAAAGAAUCUAUAAUUCCGCCACUCAAUGAGCCUGUGUUGCUUCCUGUAGUUGAACCUACAUUGCCUCCUGUAGUCAAUGACAUAAACAAAGUUAUACCUCCUAUUUACCCUAAUAUUAAUACAGGUGAUCAACAUAGUGAAGUGCCUCAAGAAACUAUCAUAGAAUCUAAUGAAAAUACAAUCCCACCAGAAGAACAAAUGAUACCUGCGUCAAUGGAUGCAUCUCCAACAAUUGAAUCAGUGCCACCACCAUCAACAGAAACAAUACUCCCUAUCUUUACUGAUACAAAUGUACCAACAACAACAGAGACAAUACCUCCAUUGUUCUCCCAAGAACAGCAGACUAUUCCUCCUGCUGAUUCAAUUCCUCCACUGAUGAGCAUGGAAGCUCCACCUACAACACAAUUCCCCACACAAGACUUCUUCACUGAGACCACAACUCCUUCACCAAACAUUCCAGAGGAGAGUUCCAACAUUAUUGACACACCAGAGUCUGUAUCUAAAGAAGCGUAUCCAUCAUCUCCCUAUGCAAGUGUGGAAGAUGUUAUUGCUGCAUUACCAGACCCUACAGAGGAAUCAAGUAGCAAACCAACUGAGGCUCCAGUCCAAGAUGAAAACACAGAAGGUUUCUUUUCAAAUGUGUAUUCAUCUGUGGCAGACAUCUUUCCAUCUACAACUCAAGCACCGGAACCACUAUACAAUACAGAUUAUCCCACAUAUGAGAGUGAAAAAGCUGAUGGCAAUGAAGGAUUUUCAUUUAUUAAAUAUUUUAUGUCCACAUACUACUCAAUAAUGGGCACAAGUGAAGAGACCAAAGCAUUGUUUGCUUCAGUUGGAGAAACAUGCUUCAGUGAUGAGUACUGUGACGGCACAUCAAACGAUGGCAGCAACAGACUUUUGACAUUCCUUCUAACCACAGCCAGUUCAGUCCUUCUCUUCACUUUGGGAUACUAUUACAUAGAUAAUAGAAGACAAGAUGGAAGACUCAUUGGCACAAUCAAUUCACUGCAACGGGAUUUACUUUUCACAACUAAGGAGUGCGAAAUCCUCAAAGAGGAAUUAACAACUACCAAGAACAAGUUAGCCGGUAUUGAAGACAGCUCAUUUGGCAUGGAUGAUAUGGUACAGUCGCUUAAAGAAGAAAUCAAUGAGCUCAAGGCCACAAACGACAGGCUACGGAACUCCUUAGAUGAUAAUGAAAAGUUGCUCAGGGUAUCUGAGAAUACUGCUGGAGAGUUACAGAAUACCCUGAGUGAAGUGGAGAAUACUCUUAGUGAGCUCUUGGCUGAGAGAGCUAACUCUGAAGAGCAAAUAGUGGAAUUAAAUGCAAAAAUUCAAGCGUUUGAAGAAGAAUUAAUAUCUGUAAGUCGUGAACGUGAUAACUUCCAGCUAAAGUAUGUGUCGGCUGAGAGUGCACUGGAAGAAUUUAAAAAACAAAAGAAACAACAUGAAGUCGUCAGCCAAAACUUGGCAGAAACUAAAAAUAAAAUGGAAUUACAAGAACAUGAAAUUAAAGCUUUAAAAGACGCUAUAAAAGACUUGACGAGUGGUUUGCCUGAAAAUGUAGACGCAACGGCCUUUAUUGAUCACACAGAAAUCAAAGCAAAACUCGCGAAGGCAUUAGAAGAGAGAAAUAGUUUUGAAACGCAAUUUGAGGCGGAACGUCAGGAAAGAUCACGUCUUGCUGAAGAACUGAAGACAACGAAAGAAACUUUAGCUAGCACAAGUCAGAACGCGACCGAGGCACUCACAAGGCUGGAAGUACUAGGGAAGUACUUCCAGGAGAGAGAGAGUGAACUACUUAAGGAGCUAAGCGCCAAAGAAUCGUUAUAUUUGAGCAAACAAGGCGAGUCGGCUAGUACAGUAGAAAAGAUCGAACUUCUCCAGCAAGAAGUGCAAAGAUACAAGGAGAAAUGCGACGCACUAACGCUGGAGUUAGCAGAGCAAGAGUCGUCGCGUCGCUCGGCCCUGAGCGAGGUGGAGACUCGGGCGCACAGCGCGUGGCUGGAGGCGCGCCAGGCCAAGCGCGAGCUGGACGCCGCGCGGGACGACGCCGCCGCGCUGCGACGCAAGCUCGCCGCGCUCAGCACUGCCGACGGCGCCGUGUCGCCGCAUCACAAAGUGUCGUCCCCGCUGGAGCCGGGCGAGGCGGUGCUGCCGCCGCCGCUGCCGGCGAUGUUCCUGCCGCCGCCGCUGCUGCCGCCGCUGCCGCGCCCGCCGCCGCUAGGCAGGCUGCCCUCGCCGCAUCCGCCGAGAUACGGUGACAGGCGCUAUUCUCCAGACAGUAGAUAUUCACCCGAGAGCAGAUACUCGCCGGAUAGUCGGUAUUCGCCUGAGACAGUGAGAUACUCGCCCGACAGUCGGUAUUCGCCGCGCUCAAGGCGAUCACCUUACUCGCCCAGGUCGAGGCGGCGAUCAAGAUCCAGGGAAAGGUACGAUGAUCGAGCGCCGCGGUCGCGGAAUGGUCCUGCGCCGCCUUUAGACACGGAAACUGAAUACAACUCAGACAGCCCGUCACGCUUGCCUCGCAGACGUGGUAGAUACUCAAGACAUUCAGGGCCUAGCUCAGGUUCAGGUUGUUCCUCAGAAUCGGAUAAAUGAAGCGGUCUCAAUAGGUUACUAUGCCAAGAUCUACGCAAUAUAUGAUAUGAUGCCAAAAUUGGUUAUGGUGGUUCACGAAUGUAAUAGUUGUGAGAAAUAAAACAUUUAAAACUUAUGACGUGGAAAAUCUUCAGCUUUAUAAUAGUUGCUAUUGGGUUUUAUUCGGCUGUAUCCCUUUAAUACCAACCAUAAUGUGGUGUGAAGUGAAAAUUAAAUAUUUGACGGAAAAGGUUGCAAUUUAUUCCAAUAUUGUCUGUGAUUAAACUGUAGCUCUCCAUAUGAAUUAUUUAGAAAGUAAUACCAACACUUCUCAAAGGUCCAGGUUAAUGGAAUUGCAAUAUUUAAUUAAGUCAUUACGACGACACAUUGUAAUAAAAACUCUUUCGAUUUGUUGAAAAGCUGAGCAAUGUUUACAAUAUCUUAUUUGUAAGUCAAAUGCCUGAACAGAAGUGAACAGCCUUUUUAUAUCACAACGCAAUAUAUUUUAUAACUAGAAAAUAAACUAAUCGAGACUGUAUAAUAGGUGCACUUAAAUCACGAUAAAUCUUUCCGUACAAGCAACUUAAUAGAAUCUACUUAUAUUUAAACGUUUGAGCCAUAGUUAUCCGGAAAGACUGCUAAUAUUGAAUUAGGAAAAAUAAAUUAUUAUAAUUGUUGAUGAAUAGUCCCACGUCGUUGAAUAAUUGAGUAAUUAAAAAAUAAAAUAGUAAGUCUUCCGUACCCGCGAUUUAGCAAGUAAACUUGCCAUUGCUAAAAAUAAAAUAGUCAGUAUUGCCUGGUCAUUAAAAUAAAAAGAAAAUAGCAGUACUGUGGAUUCGGAGAUCCUGCCGCUCCUGUAAUGGUAUGUUAUGUAAAUAAAAUACUCGAACCGAUUAGGAACAUAACAUUAAAAUAAAUAACGGACAAUAACAGUGUCCGUUUAUUUCUGCAAUAGUCAUUGUAUUUGGUGCUGUUCUAUAUUACGCAGUCUUAUAUUGCGUCAUAUUUUAACGAAUUUAUUUUUCAUAGACAUUUCAAACUGCAUUUAAAAAGCAUAUUAUCUGAACCAAAGCGUUUUUAAUGUUCUGUUCUUGUACCUGAUUCAUUUCUUUUUCAAUUAAUUAUCUCCAUCUCUAAUUGUGUGUUUCUAAAUUUAAUUAUAGUAAAAUAAACGUCACCUUUGAUUUUUGUUUUAAUAAAAAAUAUACUUACAGUUCAAGUAUACCUUUCACUGUUAAAUAAUAAAUACCACCUAAAAAAAUAGAAAUUAAAAUAGUAUUGUAAAUCGUAAUGUUAAUAGGUAACCCGUCAUGAAAAUUGCAAUCUUUAAUUUAUUGAACAGUUGUUGUUUUGUUAGUCAGUUAAAUGUAUUAUAAUUAUUAGAUACGAUUUUAAAU